AUGUUCUCCCGCGCGAUCAGGUUAAACCGAGCGGUGCCUCUGCGCACUCGCGCUCCCGCCUCUUUCGUUCCCGCGUCCCGGUCCGUCACCACCAAUGCCGCUUCUGCGACCCUGGAGAAGAGCCUCCCCAAGUCCGACGAUGAGCCUUUCAAGGUUACCCUGAGCGACGAGAGCUUCGAGACCUAUGAGCUCGACCCCCCGCCAUACACCCUCGAGGUUACCAAGAACGAGUUGAAGCAGAUGUACAAGGACAUGGUUGUUGUCAGACAAAUGGAGAUGGCUGCCGACCGAUUGUACAAGGAGAAGAAGAUUCGUGGUUUCUGCCACUUGUCUACCGGUCAGGAGGCUGUCGCUGUUGGUAUUGAGCACGCUCUGACCCGCGAGGACGAUGUUAUCACUUCUUACCGUUGCCACGGUUUCGCUUACAUGCGCGGCGGCACUAUCCGCUCCAUUAUCGGCGAGCUUCUGGGUCGCCGUGAGGGUAUCGCCUACGGCAAGGGAGGUUCCAUGCACAUGUUUGCCAAGGGCUUCUACGGUGGCAACGGUAUCGUCGGUGCCCAGGUUCCCGUCGGUGCUGGUCUUGCCUUCGCCCACAAGUACACCGGCCGCAAGAACGCCUCCGUUAUUCUGUACGGUGACGGUGCUAGCAACCAGGGUCAGGUCUUUGAGGCCUUCAACAUGGCCAAGCUUUGGGGUCUGCCCGCCCUCUUCGGAUGCGAGAACAACAAGUACGGCAUGGGUACCGCUGCUGCUCGCUCUUCCGCCCUUACCGACUACUACAAGCGUGGUCAGUACAUCCCUGGUCUGAAGAUCAACGGCAUGGACGUCCUCGCUGUCAAGGCCGCCGUUAAGUACGGAAAGGACUGGGCUGUCGCCGAGAACGGACCUCUCGUCAUGGAGUACGUUACCUACCGCUACGGUGGUCACUCCAUGUCCGACCCCGGAACCACCUACCGCACCCGUGAGGAGAUCCAGCGCAUGCGCUCCACCAACGACCCUAUUGCCGGACUGAAGCAGAAGAUCAUGGACUGGGAGGUUGUCACUGAGGAUGAGCUCAAGGCCAUUGACAAGGAGGCCCGCAGCUUCGUCAACGAGGAGGUUGCCGCCGCCGAGGCUAUGGCCGUCCCUCAGACCACUCCCCAGAUCCUGUACGAGGACAUCUACGUCAAGGGCACCGAGCCCAAGUACAUCCGCGGACGCACCGCAGAGGAGUCUUUCUACUUCAACUAA